UUAAAAAAGAAAAUUAAAAACUUACCUUCACCAAAAAAUGUUACGUUAUUGGUCGCAUGGGGCACUCAAGAGAGUAGCGACACAUGUUCUAGCCGUUUAAGAAAGGAAAGCAUAACUUUGACUUCAAACUAAGAUAAAAAAAAAUACCUCCGCCAAAAAAUGUCACGUAAAUGGUCGCAUGGGUUCAGGACUUAAGAGAGUAGCGACUCAUGUGUACACGCCUAUGUUCUGGAGUCAAGUGCUGUUAAUAGAUAAACGCAAAAACUUCUCAUUUAAUGACGUUCUGAUGUACACAUAUCAUUGAUCUGUGUGCGGUGUCUCCAACUGCAUAUUUGCUUUUGGACCGUCACCCAGGGAAAUUACUAAAACCGAAUUCGCCCCUACUAAUAGUACUAUCCUCACUUACUAUAAUUUUUGUUGCCAAUAGUUUCUUAUGAAACUAAGCGACGUAGUAUGUUUAUUAUUUAGUUUCAAACAACUUAUUUAUUGACUUAUCUUAGCAACACUAAAAAACUACAGAUAAUUUUCCAUCCUUUGGAAACAAAUUAGUUCAGCGUUUUUAAAUCAAGCAAUCACGGAGUGAAUUUGUGACACUGCAUAUAUUUUGUUAAAAUUGUUUAUAUACAACGAAAAAGGAAUUAUUGCUUUUACUCUUGAAACUAUCGACGUCGGUCGGACCUAAGAGGAUAAAAAAAAACUGAAAUAUAAAUUUUCUAAAAGCGCACUGAAGAAAAAUAGAUUAAUCGGAUACAUAAUGUCGCUGGUCUACAUAACCCGUCACAACGAGAAUAUCAAUCACUUGGAAAACAAGUCUGAUUAUUAUCAAUUGCUACACAACAGCUUUGUUGGAAGACCUAAGAAGUAUGCAGAUAAAAAGAAAAAAAUUAAUGCCGUUAUAAAAUUGCCAGAUGGCAAACAAUUAUUAACUGGUUCACAAAAGAGCGAACAUAAGACAAUGGGCUACAGCGAGACACCAUUGCGUGAGCCAUGCGAAUUUCUACGCAAAAAUGGCGGCGUCAAGUGGCAACGUAAACGAGACCAUACCUGUCCCAAACGUGAUGCACUCAUGUCGCCAGUACCACGCUUGGAAGAUUUGAAGAAGGAGAAGCGCGACAAAGAAAAGAAGAAAGUGAAUUUUAUCAAGAAAAAUGUGCUUUGCAUUAAGGAUGCGGCGGCCAAAUGGCAUCCGCCGCAAUAUAUAGAUUUUCAUACAGGCACUCCAAGAAAGUUGCAAAAUUCCGGACUUGUGCCACAAUAUGUAUGCUCGGGAGUUUUUGGUAAGGUACCCUGCUAUUUGCGUGCGCUAAAGCGGCAUACGCUUGAGGCAUGCAGAAUGGAGCAGACUCAAAUGACAGAACGCUGCAAAUUCAAUGAAGCGUCCAUACGCCAAUUGCCGCCAGAGGAGCGUGAGAAUAUAUUGAUGGGUCUUAAACAACAUUUUAAUGAUGUAUUUAAAGCGUACCAAGCUGGUUCACUCUAUACUGAUACCAUCUCGAAACGAUUGAGGAAGUCAAAUUUGGAAAAGGAAUUGCGCCAAUUGGAACAUGAUAUUUUUCUCCUCGAAUCUAAUCCAGUAAUAUAUGUAUCUGAAUUUUAAUUCUCAAUAAAGCGAACAUUUAAAAUUA